AUGGUGACUGGGAGCAGGAGGGGCCGCGGGGGUGGGGGCGGGCCGAUCGGGCAGGAGGAAGAAGAAGAAGGGAAAAAAGAUGGAGCUGACAUGUGGGGUCCACUCCAGCUCAACAUCUUAUCCACAUACACAUGCCAUGUCACCCUGAUGUAUCAAGGCAAGAGCACGGAGAAAGGAUGGGGCCUAAACCUCGGUGAGCUAGCCAGGAUCUGCAAGGGUGGGUGCAUCAUCCGCGCCAGCUUCCUGGACCGCAUCAAGAAGGCCUACGACAGGAACGGUGAGCUCGCCAACCUCCUCAUCGACCCUGAGUUCGCGCAGGAGAUCAUGGAUAGGCCAGCUGCGUGGAGGAGGGUCGUCUGCCUCGCCAUCAACAAUGGCGUCAGCACCCCCAGCAUGUCCGCAAUUCUGGCCUACUUCGACUCCUACCGGAGGGACAUGCUUCCAGCGAACCUCGUCCAGGCCCAGAGGGACUACUUCGGGGCGCACACCUACGAGACGGUCGACAUGCCCGGCUCAUUCCACACCGAGUGGUACAAGAUCGCCAACUCAAAGAUCUAAGCUGCUGCUGCUGCUGUUGCUCUACCAAGAGACGGCCCGUCAGGUUUCGUCUUCUCGGUCCUGCUUUCUCAAGUUUGCUUUAUGAGCAGAACCACUGCAUGUUGCUUGUUUUUUGUGUCAUAUGAUUCUCAGGAAAUUCUGUUGCUAUCUCUUGUGUCUAUGGUAGUAUGUGAAGAUCUAAGCUGCUGCUGCUCUGCUGAGCAGACGACCCAGCACGGGCUCAUCUCCUCGGCAUCUUUGGUUGCUGCCAGUCACGAGUCCUUUUCCUGUAGGGGAGCAAUUGUCGUUUAAUUUUUAUUAAUUGAGUAAUGAGUCCUGUAUUUAAUUUCUACAACUACAAGGAGAUCACAUAUAUACUCUCCAGUCUCCACUACUUCCAUGUGAUUUCAACCCUGGAGGGAAGACAUUGUUAUUCGUCGGAUCUCCCCCGAUGAUUAUUCUGAAUUAGUUUGAAUAAAAUGUGUUUUUACCAACCUGUGUUUGAUAGCCAGUGAUCCUGCUGUCUCAAGGCUGCUUUAUGAGCAGAGCCGCUGCCUGUUGCUUGUUUGUUGUGUCCUAUGAUUCUGUUUCUAUCUCUUGUGUCUAUGGUAUGUGACAAGUCCUUUUUUGUUUGGAAGAUAAGUCAUGUUUGCCUACCCUGUAUCUUUUUUUCUUUUGUACUGGAUCAUGUACAGUACUACAAUUCUUGUGUUACAUAGUCAAGUUGUGACACACACUGUCAAAAGAAAGUUCCAACUAUGAGCAUAAGUAAUCAUGAAAGGGUUGGUAGUACUAGCCUCCAUGUAGUUCAAAGAUCAAACCUAUGGUAGAGAAAACGUGUUUUACCGACAAGAACAGAGUCCAAGUUCUGUAGGAACUUUGUUCGAAACCGGCUCAUUUCGACAAAAUAUUACCGUACUUCGCGCCAUCAAGUUUCAUCUGAGAUCGACCGAUUUAUAUUCGGAAGUAACUUCCACCCAUCAUCGCUGGAGUGUAUACAUGAUGAACUCAACUGUCCUUGAUUGUCAAUCAUCGGCACUCAGUCGGAUCGGGCCGUCUCCUGGUGUGUGUCGGGCAAAGACAACUCUUCUUUGGAGUACACAAACCGAGCACGAAGGCGUAUUUUGCAUGAUGGAGAAGCUGCGGAGGUGGUUUGCUACUCUGCUUCCUCUCUCGGAUUGUUUCCUUCUUGACUGGCGCGCAGCAAUCCAACCUUGGCGUGGUCUACCUGCAGAGAAGAUGGGUGCCAAAAAAUGAAACAAAAGAGCAACAUUUUAAUUUUGAUAGGAUCAUGGAAAGCUUUUUUGCGAUUCCAUGGUUUGGCGAAGACAAUAUGCACAACAUAAACUCACUCAAGGGCAUGUCACCUUGCCGGUGAAUGCACCAUAUCUUAACUCAAAUGAAGUGACAGAGAAAAAAAAUAAGAACAAUCAGUGAAUUUUAAGGAAGAAAAUAAACCAAGGUUCCAGCCCAAUAAAAAAACUAAGGUCCUAAAUAUCGUAAGUCGGCACAUAGUAAAGCAUUAUAU